GCAACACUGUUUAUCGAUAACAGCUGGAAGUGCAUUUCGUCUGGGAUUUAUUAUUGUUAAAUUUCGGGUUUUUUGUUUUCCCACUUGCAAAAUGGCCCUGGCCAAUGUGCUGCAGCUCAGCCAGAUCGCUGGCCAUGUCAUCCUGUUCAUCCUGUCGCUGUGCAUCGUGGUGCCGCUGUUCAUAAACCUCGACCAAUUCUGUGGUCACUGCCUGCUCUUCACAACGGGCAAAUGGCGCGAGGAGGACGGCAUGUUCGAUGUCCAGUGGGCCUCCAAUGGGUUCUGCAACUUCCCCUUGAUCACCGGAUUCUUUCUGCUCAUCAUUUCGGUGGUGCAGAUAUACAGAUACGCUCGCAUGAAGGAGGAGGAAUCGUUCAUAGCCCUUUUCAUUGACGUCGUCCUGGGCAUCUGGAUGCUGGCCAUGUCUAUUCUAUCUGCAAUAUUUAUUACCCUGGGCUUCAUCGUCUGGUGCGAUGGCAUGACCGAGAGGUUCCCCUCCUGCGCCAUUUCCGCCGGUCAAAACAUCAUCCGCGGCGACACCGAGAAGAUCAACACCUCCGGUUUCUACAUCGAAAUGGGAACCACUCAGUUUGGUGCCUGGGGCUCUUUCGCCAUUUCCGUGGGUAUCGGCGUCAUCGCCCUGCUGAAACUCAUCGACAACCACCAGGUGCGCAACAUCAAGGUUUCCAUGUACUUGGAGCGCCAGCGGCUGGUGAAUCAGCAGCAGUACGACGGCCGGUCAACCCCACCGAUCGUCUCGAAUGCCUCAUCCGAUUCGGAGCAGAACAAAUAGUUGACGUUUGGGACCAGCCAGCAGUUUAUAGUUCUCUACGUAUUUCUCAUCAUGUGCGUUAUAAUCAUUGUGUGUCAUUUGGUCCUCGUCCUUAUCAUCGAGGCGGAAACUCGGCAGCGCACCUUAUCUAUGUAGUGAAGCUCGGAACUAACUAAAGAUAUUAGCCCUAUGAACUAAGCCAAUUUACGUGAUAUGUAUUGUAUAUAAAUGUAUUUAAUUAAAUAUUCCACGUUACAAAUAUAGUAAAAUAAAAUUAUUAAUAUUAAUAAUGGUGUAGAAACUAAAAUGGAAGCUAAAAAGAUCAAAAGUUAUAAUAUCACAGAGACGAAUGAAAUUAUUUCUUCAAAUGCUAAAGCUAGAUAAAUAUAUCCGGCUUCAUACUUACUUAUCAGGAACCACCCCCAUCAAACCCAAGUGAAAUUAUACAAUCCAAACAAUAUGUUAUGUCAGUUACAUUUAUUUUGCAGUUAUCUUCUGUGUUGUGUGUGUUUUUCUUGUUGUUGAUGUCAUUCGAAUCUGUCGCAAUGUCAAACGGAUUUGGUUUUGGAUUUCACGCCUGCACUGCAACAGAAUGUUCUUAUAGACUUUAAAGCGACGCUAUUGUACAUUUAAUAUUAAAUUCCGUAUUUGCUUGCGUAGUCUGUUACAAUUCAAUUAAAAAUUUCUUGAUCGCUCGGCAUUGAGAGCCCCUGAUCGCAGUAUUUUUGUUACUUCUUUUGCGUCUAAAUUCAAUCUUUGCCUGCACCGAGUUUGUUUCUUAAAUGUGGAGCAAAAAUGGUGGAGAUUUACUUGUUUUUUGUUUUGUUUUGGUAUAGAGAAAAAUAGUUACUUGUACAUUUACGGGCUUUGCGCAGCUUGAAUCUCUUCGAUACUGUAUCUGCAUCUACGACUGCUUGGAGUUUAAUUUUCUGUUUUCUGUUAUCGUUUUUCUGUUUUCUGGCAUUCAUGAAACAAUUUCUGGGUUCUUACAAUUAACACUACAUCAAUGUAUGUACUAUAAUUAGUAUUUUUAGUUUUUGCGUUUUUUUUGUUUUAUGGGUAAUCAUGUUUUGGAUUUCUUUGAAUAGCAUAUUAUUUAAACUUACAUUCUAUGUUUGUGUUUUGUGUGUUUUUCAUAUUUUGUUUUUCUUAUAUUUGGUUUUUUUUUUUUUUUUUCUUUUAAAUACAUUCAAAAAACAUAACGCAAGGGUGUAAAAAACGAUGUGCAGUGUUUUCUUGUUGCGGUUUCUCUUUGUACGAAAUGAGGCGAUAAAAAACGAAAUCUCCUGCGGGCUGCGAUUCAAUUUGCUGGGGGCUAAUCGAUCCAGUGAAGGCCAAUUUUGGAAGGCCUCCUGGAGGAUGGGCCGGAUGACGACGCCGCAUCGCCAA